UAAAUACACGCUAACAUUGACUUUCCUUGAUGUAUCUAACCACUUUUACAGUCAAGCCUGCCUGGAUGCAUGUGACCGUAAUCAUGUCCACGAAUAUGUCGGAAAAUUCUAGGUUGCCACGUCAGCAGUGCCAGAUCAGCAGUGCCACGUCAUCAGUGCCACGUCACAGUGCCAAGUCACAGUGCCACGUCACAGUGCCAAGUCACAGUGCCACGUCAGCAGCGCCACGUCACAGUGCCAGAUCAGCAGUACCACAUACGCAGUGCCAGAUCAGCAGUGCCACGUCCGCAGUGCCAGGUCACAUUGCCACGUCAGACAUACAGUGCCACGUAAGCAGUGCCACGUCAGACAGUGCCACGUCAGCAGUGACGUUCAACACAGUGCCACGUCAGCAGUACCACGUCAGACGCAGUGCUACAUCAGCAUUGCCACAAGCAGAUGCCCAGGCUCGCCGAAAGGAAGCCCAGGAUCUGCUGCAGCGGCAUGAAUCCAACAGCAUCGACAGACUCAAGUACUGGCAUUUUCAACCGAACGGCGACGACGCAACACCGAAAGAAAAGCACAAGGAGUUCCUCUCCAAACUCGUGACACGGUUGUUGUAUGCUUGCAACUACCAAAGGUCAGAGUUGGAGAGACAGCAUCAGGAAUUGGCGACGCUCCGCCGCACAGUGCAGAGCCACGAGGAUGCAACUCGGGCACUCAAUGCCCGAUUGUUGGACCUGGAACAGGCAGUACCAGGACCAGCUGCUGGAGCUUCCAGCAGUGCACCCUCAAGCCGCCAACUGGAUGACCACGUUGACCACGUAGUCGCAAUGCUCGGCGACAUCAGCACCUUCGCUGCGCCGACCACCACCAUCAGCAGUCAGCUGCAUACAUUGAAGACCGAGGUCCAGAAGCUGCAAUCGACGAACGCGGACGACAAUCCGAAGAUGUACAAGAUGCCAACUUUCAACCUGGAGAGCCAAGCAUGCGUACAUCGGCGCCCUGUUCCUGAACUCAACCACCUGGCAACCUCCCACGGCGUCGACGUACCAGACUUAAAGGACGUAAUCACAUGGGAGGAACUAACACGGCUGUGGAAGAAGCGGUUCAUCGUCGACGACGCGCCGGCACUCGCCAUCAACCAUUUGCUCACCAUGUCACAGGGCAACACAGCAACACGGGACUGGCUCACGGAGUGGCAGAAGAUUGCGGCUGUGCCCAAUCUGAACCUACCAUUCGAGCAUCUACGCCGUGAGUUCAACAAUAGGUCAUGUGCGGCAUUGAGCCAGGCUCUUGGUGAUCGCGAGCAGUACUCAACCUUCGCGGAGAUCAUUGACAAAGCGAGGGAGAUCAUCAAGACCAACAGGUCAGCUGCACACGAGAAAUCAACAUGGCAGCCGACCUAUGUGGAGAAGGUACGAACUGGUCCGCGACAGCAGCACUUCGCUGCAGUCCAGCAGGACAGUGGAGAUAACCCAGCAGGCCGGAAAUGGAUAGCCAAGACAGUUUCCAUGGGUCAAGUUUGGCUUGACCGAGGCGGAGUACAAAGUCCGCGGCCGCUACGGCAGCUGCUAUUGGUGCAACAGCACCAAGCACAAGACCUCCCUGUGCCAAGAUCGGGGCAAGGAGGAUGUGCGACCCCGCCUCAGCUCGGGAAACUGAGCUCCGCAGAAGGUGAGGCGACGCCACCUUCUACUCCGCCAGAUUCGGCCGCCUUGCUACCAGCCUCCUGCACAUCUGGAGAGGAUGCGAAUGUCGCAAGUCCUCGGUAUACUUACGAGGAUUAUGCUGUCCACUUGGUUCCACCGCUGGACCAACCGCUCCACGUGCAACAGUCYACCGCAUGCACGGUUUCAUCACCAUCGGCAACCGAUUCGGCAGCUUCGCGGCAAUCUAUCGCCGGGAAUUCGACGUCAUGGUCAAGAMUUGAUGAGCUCGAUCCGUUGACGUUCACAGACUUCCAGUGGAUGCYCGUUCCCUCGACCGGACGAUUGCCGAAACUGCAUUGCAAUGUGCUUAUGGCACAACUGCGGGAUUACUUGCACACUGCAGUACCAGCUCCGUUGAUGGACGCCGGAGCAGAGGUUGUCGACCUUCACGCUUUCAUCGCGAAGAUCGACCGCGAGUUCAAGACGCAACGGGCUGCAUUACAACAUUGAUUGUUCGGAUCACUAGUAUCUAAGUCUUCCGCUGUGCUAUCUUAUACUUGUAUUGAAAGGUCGGUUCUUGUUCUGGUCUGCACCUAUAUGGUAUGCAACAAAAAUGAUACAGAUAG